AUGGCGCUUCAGCGUCACCAAGGCCCUCAGCCUGGCAACCCAGCAGGUCUUGGCCGACACAGGCAGACAUCUCUCUGCAGAGACACGGGAGGCCGCCUCCUCAACCCGUGGCCUGACAGCUCGCAAGGGCUAGAGCAGCUCAACCGCAAGUUCAGAACCUACACUCUGUCCAAUGGCAAUGUCUCUUUGCUGGAGGGCCUCGCACUGUACCCAUCCUUUCCUUUUACGGAUAUCGCCAGUGCGGAGCAGUUUGGUGCCUAUAGACCGUCGUCCAAGGCCUACUUGGGCGCCGCAGAGCGAUUUGGGGUUGACCCCAGAGAAUACACCCUGGAGGCAUCACACUUGUAUGACCUCAAAGCGGCCAAGGCGCUGGGCUUCCAGACUGUCUUUGUCGGACGGCCAGUGGAGGAGCCCUUGGUGCCUGUGCAUACGGCUGAAGUGGAACAAGAACAGUAUGUUGACAUGGAGGUCGGCCGGGGCAUAGAUGGGCUCCUGGAGAUUGCUAGGCGGUUUGGAAUUCGAGUCCAAUAA